GGUGACAGGUCGCCUCCUCCUGCGGAUGGGGAAGGGUGUGCGGCAGGGGAGGGGUGUGCGGCAGGGGAAGGGUGUGCGAGCGUUUGCAGUUCCACGCCUCCCGCGUUCCGGCGGCUGCGACUGAGCAUCACUGCGACGGCUGACCCCGCGGCCGCCAACAGUGUGCAGCUGGCUUGCUGGAACCUGUACGGCAGGGCUGUUGCUGCUACUGCUGCUGCCGCCGCGGAGUCUUCCUCCUCCUUUGAUGACGGGCAGCAGGUGUUGCAGCGGCUGAAGGCUGCGGUGUCUGCAGGUGCUGCUGCUGCUGCUGCUUCUGACGGGGCUAAGAAGGAGGCUGCUGCUGGAGUCGUUGCUGGUGCGGCUAAUAUGGCUGAUGCGGAGGGGGUGCAGCCGGCUGCGUUGGCGCUGCUGGUGCGGCUGCUGGGCAACGUGGUGCGGGAGCCCGGGGAGGCGAAGUUCCGCAAGGUCCGCUGCAGCAAGGUGGGCCCCCUGUUGCGCAGUCCGCUGCUGUCGGAGCUGCUGCUGCGGUACCUGCGCUUCAGGCCGCUCAUCGCACCCGCUCCUGCUCCUGCUGCUGCUUCCCCUGCUCCUGCUGCUGCUUCGCCUUCACAGUCGCAGACACCCGCUGUCGCUUACCCUGCUGCUGCUGCUGCUGCUGCACUCACCGCAGCUCCCGGGGUGCCUGCUGGGGAGGAUGUGUUUCUGGUGCUGGCGGGGGACGCGAGCGGAGAGGAGAUCAGGCGGGUGGAGCGAGUGUUGGCACUGCUGGGGCCGCAGCAGUAGCGGCAGCAGUAAUACGGUAGCUUGAGUAGUACUUCGGGAAGUUAAGCUCGGGAAUGGCAAGGUUUGGGUGGUAGGGAUGGUGGCUGGGAGGUGGUGGUGGUUUCGGGGGGAGAGGGAGAGGUGUACUGCGCGCAGGGGUGAUGAGAGAGACCCGCAGGGGGGGUAAGAUCCAAGGGCAAAGUAAGGGCGGUCGGCUGUGACUGGGACGGAGUUAUAAGGCAAGCCGGGAUGUGGGCGCGCGGAUUUUGGUUGCACAUAACUGUUCGAUGCAUGUGGUGAGGUGCGAGUGAUGUGCGGUGGGCGCAGCGGGAGAGGCUGUUGCUGGGUCAGGCGCAACGAGCGGGCAGUGACACAGGACACGGACCAGUGCGUGGUGAUGAGACGGAC